UAGAGCAACAGACAAACGGAAUCUUUUGAUCAUCAUCCAAUUCCUAUCUAUACUAUCUUCUUCUGCUGCUCAUACCACCUGGACUGUGUAGUACUUAACAAUGGCAGGUUUUUAGAGAGGGAGGGAGGGAGAGAGCGACAGGGAGAAAUAUUUUCUCCGCCGUUGUUAAUUUGGUCAAAUAUUUAGCUAUGAACAACAUAAACUAAGGGAAGAAGAAAGUAGAACUAGAAAGAGAUGGCGUAUUCGUUGAGUAUGGCAGUCUUAUCAGUUCCUAAGCCAACUACAACUCAAACUUAUUCUUCAAAUUCUACUACUAAAUCAAUCACUAAUUUCAGUUCAACAUUAUCGUCUUCUUCAAAUCUUUCUAGGGUUUCUCUUUCUUCUGACUUAACUCGUCGUUCUUCUUCUGUCUCUGUGUUGCGGAACAAAUCUUCAUCAUCGGCUGUUUCGAUUGUGGCAGCUGCAAAAUCGAAGCCAGAGCCUCUUAGGAUUAUGAUAUCUGGUGCUCCUGCAUCAGGAAAAGGAACUCAAUGUGAACUUAUCACCAAGAAAUAUGGAUUGGUGCAUAUUGCUGCUGGAGAUUUAUUAAGGGCUGAAGUUGCAGCCGGAAGUGAAAAUGGACAGCGAGCCAAAGAAUGUAUGGAGAAAGGACAGCUGGUCCCUGAUGAGAUAGUUGUUAUGAUGGUGAAGGAACGACUAUUUCGACCGGAUUCACAAGAAAAUGGCUGGCUUUUGGACGGAUAUCCUAGGAGUUUGUCUCAAGCAAUGGCACUUGAGGACUUCGGAAUUCGGCCAGACCUUUUCAUUCUUUUAGACGUUCCUGAGGAGAUUUUGGUCGAAAGAGUGGUUGGUCGAAGGCUUGAUCCAGUUACAGGAAAGAUAUACCACUUAAAGUAUGCUCCUCCAGAAACUGAUGAAAUUGCUGCUAGGCUUACUCAACGCUUUGAUGAUACAGAAGAAAAAGUAAAAUUGCGCUUGGGCACUCAUCAUCAGAACGUGGAAGCUGUACUUGCGGCAUAUGAAGACAUAACAAUCAAGGUCAAGGGAGAUGGUCCCAAAGAGGAGGUUUUUGCCAAGAUAGACAGCGCACUGUCAGAACUUGAGCAAAAGAAAAUUAGUCAUGUGUCAACAAAUGUAUGAUUUCAUUGUUUUAGUAAAAGUAUUUUGUUUGAGUAGGGCCAAAGGCAAAUUCAAUGUAAUGAACAUAUCAUCAAACAAAAAAGUAAUCAAAUAGAACAAUUUUUGUGUGUUUGUACUUUGUA